AUAACCAAUACUAACUAUUUAGAUGCAUUGGAAAAUUUAGAAUUACUCCAAGAGCAAUGUACCAUGCAAAUUAAACAUCAACGCUACCGGAUGCAGCAAAUGUUAAGAACCAUGAAACAAUUUGCUUCCCCACCCGCAUCGGUAUUUAGUGAGACGGAAAAUACGAAGAAAAAGGAAUUUGAAAUUGCUGGAUUCAAUAUAGUGGAGUAUUUGUAUACAAGCGUCUGAUUUUCAAUUCUAUCAUGCAAUAUUGAACAGUGAAACUAAGUGAAAUUGAAUGAUUUUAAUUCGUAUAACAGUGACAAUGCUACAUCAUCCCCUACUAAUUGUACAAAAAUUUGAUUAAAAUUUGAAAAAUUUUCAUCAAUUUUUUGUAGGGUCAGCCUCUACUCUAAUUAUCCAAGCAAUGGCACUGUGAAAUUCAACUGUCGUUGACAAGCUUCUCAUUCACACAAAAUCGCAAAAAAUUUGAACAAAAUCAUCCAACACAACAAAUCCUAACUGGGUUGUUUUUCCACUCCAGCCAAAUGCCGAAAAACUGAAAACAAACCGUAAAAGAUCUAAACUUGUGGAUCCUAGAAACAUGAUCAACUCCAGAAUAUAUCCCGAACACACGAUCAUGUACAUUCUCCACAUUAAAUUUCCCUAAAACCGGUGAAUCACGAAUCACGAUCUUCCCAGAAUAAAUUCCGAGCUUCUGACCGUAUUCCUUUUCCACAAAAAAAAAUUUUUUUUGUGAAAACCCUCCAGAACCAUGUUCCGAAACACUGUUUUUUACGAAAAUAAUAAAAUUCAAAAAAUAUCGUUAAAGAUUUCAUUGAAAUAUUUCAAUCAAAAUUUUUCAACACCCCUCGUCAUUCACACGAUAACAACGUUCGUCGAUCAAAGCGAUAUUGUUGUUCUGUCAUUCCCUCAAAAAGCUCUGUCAACUACUCAAACCAAAACAACCAUUCUCCUUCUAACCGCCAAAGAGAGCGUACACAAAACUGCCGAGUCUGUCAAGUGUAGUGAAGUUUUACUCCGAGCAAUCGCGUCUGUUGGAAGCCAUUUUGUUUUUACGGUGUUCCACUGGAUCACAGUAAUAGAUAGAGAAAAAACCUUUUUUAUUUUAUUAUUAGCUUAUAAGGAAAAGAGAAAAUACCAUUUUUGCGAAGGUAAUAUUAGGUGAUAGUUAGUUUUGUUGUUAGCGAUAAGCAGUUGCCUAUGCUUUAACAAGCAUGGACAGCGAUAGCACAAACCCCGAACCACCCGAUAAAGUAAGAAACUGGGUUAUACCCCUCUGCCCUCCACAACGGACGAUGACAUGGAUGAUUCAACUUUCCACGGAUUCUCAGGCGAAGACUUUAUAAGCAAAUUCAACAAAAUAGGAAACGACUGCAAGACAAAGUAACAAAAGAAACCGACAAAAAACGAAAAAAAUCAAAAAAAGACAAAAAACCACUAACACAACCAAAUACGAAUACACAGACACAACCAGGAUCAAACCUAAACACAAACACACAAACACCAGAAUACGACCCACAAACACAGGUAACAAAUCCCCAAAUGCAACAAACCCCUAACACACGAACACAACCACAAUCAGAUUUACCAAAAGAAAAUGUUUACAUUAAAAACAACGCAUACGCCAAUUUCGGUAAAAGAAGAAACAAAAAUACUGGAACCCAUGGAGGUAGGGAAAUUCUUACAUGACACCAACCUAGACCAAUUCACUGAACUCAAAAAAGCAGGACAAUACAGAUACAAUAUAACAAUGACAAUAUCGCACGCUUAACCUUGGGGCUAAUGCGGUCUCGAUCAACUAGAUUAGUCGAGACAAUUCGUUAUCGAUAUUGUUUUUUGGCACAUUUUGCAUGUGUAGGAUAAGUACAACGAUACACCGUGCCCCAGUGCUGAGUCGAGAAAAUUUCCAGCUCGAAAAGAUCCUCGACUCGAUCGGGAAUCGAACCCGAUAUCACAACCGUGUGGGAGAGCUAGCCGACCGACAUCGCUAACCACAGAGCCACGGGGACCACCAAUACAGAUACAAACUAGUGUAUAAAAAACUACAAGAUACAGAAAAAAUACUAAACAACUCAGAGUUUUUGGGAAAGUAUAACUACAAGGUCUAUAUUCCCAAAAUGUUGACCGAGACAACCGGAGUUAUUAAAGAUGUAUCAGUUAAACUUACAGAACAAGAAAUUCGGCAUAACGCCAUAUGCGACAAAAAGAUCAUUAGUGUCGAACGAAUUAAGAGAAGAGAAGCUGAGAAUCUGAUAAACACACGUUCAGUCAAAAUAACAGUCGAAGGACCAGAGUAUGCUGCAAACCGGAAAUCUACGUAUAUCCAGUGCGAAUCUGUAAGAAAUGCUGGCGACUUGGACACAAGGAGACAGCAUGCAAAAGCAAGGAAACUUGCUUGAGAUGCGGUAAGUACAUCACAGCAGAACACGAAGGAUGCGACAAUUCAAUACAAGCCAAAUGUAAAAAUUGUGGAAACAAACAUCUACCUACAGACAAAAACUGCCCUGAACGCAAACGACGAGAAUCCAUUAAGGCCGCCAUGAUGCUAAAUAAAUUGACAUUUGUUGAAGCCGCACAACUCUACCCGAAAACAACAAACAGAUACGCAAUAUUGGAGUCUACCGACGAAUUCCCAGAGUUGGAACGUCCAAAUAGACGAAUCCCAGGAUACCGACAAGAGGUACAAAAACCAGAGCGCAUAGAUUACAGCAAAGUAAUGGAAAGGCUCUUGAAGCCCAAACAAAAACCUGCUAUCAUCAGGAACAUCUUCCCACAAGAAAAAAAUAUAUUAGAACAAGUGAGAACAAUCACUAAUAACCCGCAUGCUGUGUCUGAAGCGGAGAAAUUCCAAACGAUGUCAAAUCACCUGAAUAACUUCUUCACAACAUUACUUAACUACAACACUGAAAAAGCAACGGGCUCAGACCCGAGCACAGACGUUGUUUUGAUAGAAAUCGGCGACAUGAUUACAAGUUUAAUGGAAAAAGUUAAAAAUAAACUCGAUAAUAAACAAUAAUAAAUUUUGUACCAAAUCAUGGAUAAUUUUACGGAAACCCUAAACAUAUCACAACUAAACAUACACAGUUUAAGACCACUAACAAAAAGAGAAAGUAUUAAAACAUACCUAACUACUAAAAACAUACAUAUUUUUUUACUACAAGAAAUUUGGAUCAAAGAAAACGAAAAAUAUAAAUUUCUGAAUUAUGCAUUUUUAAAAAAUUGUAGAACAGAUGGCUUCGGAAGAGCAGGAAUACUAGUACACUCAACAUUACAAGCAGAAGAAAUCAAAAUACCAAACGUCAACUUAGAACUAGUAGCAGUAAAAAUUAAAAAUAUUAAAAAACCCACCAUUUUCAUUUCCCUCUAUAUUCCCCCAGACUCCACACUAGGGGAAAUAAAGACUCCACUAGAAAAUCUAAUUAAUUAUAUACACAACAGUAAUGUACCAAUUAUGCUAGGCGGUGACUUUAAUGCUCACCACCCUCUUUGGGACAAAAACUCCAAGAAACCUGAUGGUAGAGGAGAACUUUUAAGUGACCUACUAGAAAACAACGACAUAGUAUUUCUUAAUACAGGAGUACCAACAAGAUGGGAAGAUAUCCAACAAAACGCAUCAGCGAUAGACCUCACACUAACGACGUUAGAUCUCGCAUCAAAAGUCAAUUGGGAAGUUAGCAAUGAAAAUUUAGGUACAGAUCAUAAACUGAUAGAAUGUGAAAUCCUAAAUUAUAACAAAUUCUCUCUUAACUCACCGCGUACUAUAAGCAAAGGGAAAGCAAUACAAAAUUUGAAUGAAAUUAAUCCAGAAGAAAUAACUGAUAUUAAUAGUUUAGAAAACAACAUUGAACAUGCUUUAAACAAAGCAACAUAUACAAUAUACCCGAAAAGCAAAAAGAAGAUAAAACCUUACUGGACAGAACAAAUUAAAAAGUUGUACGAAGAGAAGAACAAAAAACACAUUUAAUUUAGGAAAAAUUUACCCCAGAAAAUGAACAAAAAUUCCAAAAAGCAGAGAGAGAAUUUAUACUCGAACUUAUAAAAGAGGUAAACAAAUAUAGGAAAAAUAUGCUAGAAGAAAUUAACGAAGAAACAAACGUUAACCAUAUGUGGGAAAUAGUAAAAGCUAUUUCGGGUAAUUUCAAAAACAAAAACAAUGCUGAAAUAAUGUACAAUGACCAAUUGGCAAAAACAUUCCUAGAAAUAAACUUUGAAACUGAAAAACAAGAUGAAUGUGAGUUCACCAAUAACACUGCAGAUGAAGAAAGAUAUUGUAAAGGAAUAGGUAGAAAUAAAAUGAUCAGAACAAUUAUGAAUAGGAAAGACAGCUCAGCAGGAGGUGGAAACCGAUUAACAUAUUAUUUUCUAAAAAAUAUCAAAACGGAGCUACUAAGUAAAAUACUUGACCUAACUAACGAUGUUUGGGAAAGAGGAAUAAUACCUAAACAAUGGUUAAUAAUAAAAAUUAUCCCUAUUCUAAAGCCAUCUAAAGAUCGGUUGAACCCAAAAUCUUAUAGACCGAUAGCACCGAUAAACAUCAGUCUCAAAAUUAUAAACAGUGAAGUCAAAAAAAAGACUUAAUACCUUCAGCUUAGAAAAUAAUCUAAUUCCACCAUUGUCAUUCGGAUUCAAAGAGAAUUCUUCAACAGUAGAUUGCAUUAACUAUUUAAUAUCAACAAUAACAGAAGCACAUCGCAACAAAAUGGUAGUCGCGACAAUCUUCCUAGAUCUCACUAAAGCUUUCGACUCCGUCGACAAUAAAAUUCUUCUUAAACAGCUAGAUAAAAUGAAAGUACCAAAUAAAAUACUUAGUUGGCUGAAAACAUAUUUAUCAGAAAGAACCAGGUUAUUAGAAACCGAUAAUAAAAAACUUACUAGAACCACAAACAGGGGUUUACCUCAUGCCCCCUAUUUCCUCUUCUCUUCAAUUCAUACUCUAGCCCAUUACAUGAAAUAAACACAGAAAAAUUAAUACUUGAGCAAUUCGCAGACGAUUUUGCAAUCACAAUAUUAGGUGAAUCCAUAGAAGAAGUGGAAUUGACGGCCAAAGUAGCUUUAGACAAUAUAAAAACAAAAUUAGAAGACUUGAAAAUCGAAAUAAACCCAGAUGAAUCAGCUGUAAUACUAUUCACACCUAAACUAGACGAAAAAAUAAACAUCACAAUAGGAGAUCAAAUAUAUCAACAUAAAUACUUAGGGUAUGUAAUAGACCAGAAAUUAUCCCACAAACUACACAUUAACUACACUAACAACAAAGCCCAACAAAAACUUAAUGUACUCAAAAUAAUAUGCAAAAAGAAAUACGGAGUACAUCCACAAACGGCCCUCAAAAUCAUUCGUUCUCAGAUAGACUACGGUUCAACGAUUUAUGGAGGAGUUGCAAAAACCAAUCUUCAAAAACUCAAUACUAUAUUUAAUGCAGGGAUUAGAACUUGUUUAAGACUGGUUAAAUCCACACCCAUCAACGUCUUAUAUGCAGAAGCAGGGGAAAUGCCUAUAAAAGAAAGGGCCAACUAUUUAGCC